AUGAGUACCCCUGAGGGAUUGAACCCACAGGACAGGGCACACACGUUACGGCAAGGUAACCCACCUAACCGUGCCCAGUCUAUAACACUACGUCCAAAGAACAAAUCUUUGCACAUCUUCACUGCUCCCAACUUUGACAAGAAUAUGAUUGUGGAUCUUGCAUCCGCUGCAUGGGCUAGUACCAUCCAUCCAAUGAGUGUCUUGUUUAAUCUCGGAAAACUCGUUCCCGCAAGGGACGUGGAUGAUGUUCUCUCUGACCAUGUAGGCCGGAUGACCUCUCUCACUCUCCGUUAUACUUGCUCAAAAGACCUUCUGGCAGAAGCCUUCUUUACUGACCCUUCCUCCCGCACCAAAGCAACGUCUGAUGGGUUGACCUAUCAGAACACCCGAAUCAUUGCUACACCAAGAUUGCCUUCUAACAGCCACAUUGUUAAGGUUAAUCUUUACCAUAUUAACGCCUGCGAUCCUAGCACAGAUCUACUCGAGCCCAUCGAAAAUGCAUUCUGGCCUUUUGGCAAAAUCGUUCAGCUGAGAGCUUAUCUCUCACACCGUGGUACUUUCCGUGGUGAAGCCACUAUCUAUUUAGACACCUCUGGACAAGAUGAAGUCCGCAGUCUCCCAAGCCGUCUCCACCUUGAGGAAGGGCAUUAUCUACGCUCCUGCACAAAACGUCCUCCCUGCGCACCUCGCUGCCAACGAUGCGGUGUUCUUGGUCACGCCAUAGACAGUUGCAAGUGCCCCACUCAUCCAGACAAUAUCGAAGCCGAGCGGGCUAUCCAAGAGCAGCAGCAGAUUGCACUUGCCGAUACUGCGUCCCUUCGCGCACACCAAUACUCGGUCGCUAUGAUAGAGACACCCGUACCACCAGUCACUUCAUCAACCUUGACUCCUACCCAUGCUUCACCCAUUCUCAACCCACCUGCUACACACACAAUACGUCGCCGUUCCAUAUCAGUGAUGAAUACUCGCGCCAUGACGACCAGAAACCGGACCCCACACAACGACAAUCCCCCAAUUCCAUUUGAUACAACUAUGUAUGACCCGACUGGCCGUGGGCUCAAUGCCAGCAAGCACUCACCAGGCGCCCGAGGCCUACAUAGUCGCGAUGAUGGCAUUAACCCAGCAAUUUACACUGAUGAUGAACUUUGA